CCGAGCGCUCGAGGCUCGAGACGGAACUGCACCAAAGUCGCGCGACCGGUGAUGCGCUCGUUCAAUUCGAGCAACGCGAACUGCACAGUUAUUAGCGCUACUAGCCGUCGAGUAGCUGUUGAAGAGGAACAUGUCGGGGAGAAGCCAGACAUUGGGUGGGACAGUAAGUGUGCGUGUAGCCGGCAGAACGUUUGAAGUUGACCUGGAGCUUCUGAAGAAGCACAGCUGCUACUUCGCAAAAUGCUUCCACAAGCUCCCCCAAGAAGCGUUGAAAAUACCGCUGGAGCUCCAAGACGUCAAGCCCGAAGUGUUCGAAGCACUGGUGCUUUUCAUGGAGACUGGGUUUCUGGACGCGGAUCCGUUCACGGCCUUGGACAUCUACGAAGCGUCCAUGCUGCUCGGAGUUCAUCGAGCCAUCAAGGAGAUCAAGAGAAUAACGCUGAUAGGGUCCAAAAUGGAGCGCCUCCUGGUGUGGUACCGCACGGCCAACAAAGGGAGCAGCGGCCGGGACCGCCAGGCGGCUCUGCGCCUCGUGGCCUCUCGCUUCGACGAGGUGGUGGCCGACGAGCGUUUCCUGCGCCUAUCAGUCGCCGAGGUCGUGCCACUGUUCAGCUGCUCACGGCUGGGAACUUCGGGGGAGGUGUCGGUGUUCCUGGCGGCCCUGCGCUGGCUGAACCACGACUACUGCAAGCGGCAGCAGUACGUGGUGCAGCUGCUAAAGUGCGUGCGAUUCUCGCUGAUGAGCCGCGAGGAGAUCGUGCACUGCUUCCACCCGCCGCUGCUGAGCAACAUCACCCGCUUUCCCUCGGUCGCCUUCAUGGUGCUCGCCGCCUACGGGGUGGUGUCACUGCAAGAGGAAGGCCGCGAACACCUGCUGUCCAGGUUCGCCAGCCAGCCGCGGACGUUCCUAUGCCCCAAGCCAGAGGGUCAGCCGCCGACCCCCUUGUGGCCGCUCCCGGGGCCGCCGGAAGGGAGCGUGGCACAACGGCGCCAUCGUGCCGCCACCUCUUUGCAGACGGCCUGGCGGGUCAAAAAGGCACGCCAAGAUCUAUCCGCGAGACGCCGCCAAUCGGAGGGCGUCUCAGAGACUGACAUUGCAGACACGGAGCCGGGCACUACAGACUCCCAUGCGCGGUCGACGAACCUACAAGAAAGCCCGCUUAAGACGGUCACCAACACAACCGGCGCAGAGGCAUCCACAGAGGCACAGUCGGCAAAAUCAAACGAGAGCGUUGGAUCUGAUUCUUCGACCAAGACGAUGCCCAGUCCCGUGAAGGAACCCUUCACGCCGAUUCUCAAAGUAGUUAUCAAGGAGGAGCGCAGUGUCCGAGACAAGGGCGGACUCGCGGCGGACGACUCCCUGCUGCGGCCGCAGGCAAGCCUGCUCAAGCUCGAGCCGCCGCCGAAAAAGGAGGACAAAGUAAGGACGCCGGAGAAGGCGCUUCCCUUGCCUGUGAAGCAGCAGCACAGCCCGAGAACGUUCGCUGUGGCCUGGAACCAAGGAGUAGAGAGCGGCCAGGAUCUCGGAGUCCCGUCGUCGACGUCGCUGCCGCUGCAGCAGCCACAGCAGCAAGCCGAGACGCCGCGACAACAGCCUGGUCCGCAACAGGCGCAGCCCCAACCGCAACACGGGUCGGCGGGCACAUCCGUGUUCACGGUGCAGAUCAUGGGGGACGUGCAGAAGACGCCCACGAUGCCCAGGGCAAACCGAAGCUUCGAGUUCAGCUUCCCGGAGAAAGAAAAGAUGACAACCCCUUUCCCGUGCGACUUCGACAAGGAAUUUGACAUGAAAAGCUUCCAAGAGACGGCGUCUUGUGCGGGAGAGAUCCCUCGGGCACGGUCCCCGUCCACCAGGACCGCGCGUGCAAAGACGCCCGAGAGGAACAUCAGCAGCCCGACCAGCUUCCACACAGUGCAGACGCGCAGUGAAGCAGCUUGGGGUUUCUCGGACGAUUUCGAUCGGAAAUCACGCGGUCGAUUUUGGCCAUACGACGCAAAGUCGACGUUUACCAACUUGUCCGGAUCCUUCGAGAGCCUCGAUCCAUUCGGCCGGCAGCAUCACGGAAACUUUGAAGUGCCGCCGAGCAUGGCCAAGCGCAUGGGCAAGGUGCAGCCAGUGGCGACAAUCGAACUGCCCAGCAUCUUGGUCACGGGAGGCCUCAACCUCGACACUGGCAUCAGUUCGUCAGUGGUGGCCUUCGAUCCGUCAUUCAACACACUGCAGCAGUGCAGCGUCCUGCCCACGCCGCUGCAUCACCACCGGACCGUUCUCGUCGACUCCGACAUCAUCGUCGUCGGUGGCAUGCUGGAGUCCGCGGACGGGCCGUACCUGUGCACGCGACGCUGCUACCGGCUGAACGUGGCCAAGAUGCAGUGGAGCCGCGUGGCCGACCUCAAGACGGAGCGCGCCCACCACGGUCUCGUGUACUGCGACGGCCGCAUCCUGGCCCUCGGCGGGCUCACCAUCGGGCGCAGGCUUGUGUCCAGCAUGGAGUACUACGACGUGAAGCGCAACAAGUGGACCAAGAUGAAGGGCUCGCUGCCGCAUCCCAUGAUGGCCAUGGGCGUGGUGCUCUUCCGCUCGCUCGUCUGGGUCGCCGGAGGAGUCGUGGGUUCCUCCGAGGACGACCUGGCCUGCUGCGCGGCCGUCCACUGCUACGACCCCAGGACGAAGACGUGGACCUCCAGCGUGCCGCCGCUGCCUAGGGCGUGCGCCUACCUAGGCCUGCUCUGCGCCUCCGGCAGCCUCGUGGCUCUUGGAGGCUCCGUGUCCUUGGACCAGCUGCAGCUCGGCAGCGUGGCCGACGUGCUACGGCUGUCGGACGACCAGCGCUCCUGGGAGCCGCUGGUAUCCAUGCCGAGGCCCUGCCACAGCUCCGACGCCGUGGUCUUCGGCGAGUCGCUGUACAUGUUCGGCGGUAUCAGCGAUGGCCACGUGCUGGCCGAUGUGCAGCUGCUGCACAAGGGUCGCUGGUCCCUGUGCGCCCACCUGCCCGCUUCGGUGCUCGGGCCGAGCGUGGUGGCGCUGCCCGGCUCGCACACGGGCGCCAGCGCGGUCGCCAGUUGCACCUCGGAUGCCGGGGACCAAAGCAGGCGAGACCCCGUAGUGUCGGGACGCAAGGACGAAGACCUGAUCAUGUGGAGCUGGCACAACCUGUGACGCCACACGGAUCGUUCUGAAUCGCGAGGAUCUAGCCUUAUUCGUUUAUGUACUAAAUACAGUUUGGAUGAUUUUGUAUUGGUG